GUACGUAUUCAUUGGAGUGGUUUCUGGAGCUGCAGUUGGCAUUGUGAUAUUUCUAAUUUGGAAAAGCAGGUGUAUGAAAAAAAGAAUGGAUUCAGUGGAGUCUCAGACGGACGAUCCCAGAGCUCAUCAUGACAGACGUAAAACCUGUGAUGCGACUGAACCUGUGUAUAACAAUAUAACAGCCAAGAGGGAUCAUCCUGGACCUCAUCAUGAGAGACAUAGCGCUUGUGGUGUGACUGAACUUGUGUAUGAGAAUAUAUAACGCUUAGUGGGAAGAGGCCGUAGAACUUGUGAGCUGAAAGAUUUCUGCAGAAAAAAUGCAUCCUGGCGUCUUAAAAGUCCUUUAAUGCAGCCUCCAGUUUGGAUGUUAGAUUCCUGCUCACCAAAGGCUUCUUUAAAAUUGCGAAAUGCCAGACAAAUAAAAAUUCACAGCAAAAGCAGUAGGUCAUUUUAUUAAAUAUGGAGAAGUUUUUUUAUUCGGCUACAAAACACAUUUGCAUAGAAAUGGGAAGUCAUUACAAUGACUGACAGAUUAUUUAGAGUAACAUGAUCUAAACACUUGCUCUUUGUCUAAUACUGAUGAAAGCCACCGCAAACAAGGUAUGAGACGUUUGACAUAUUUUAAAUAAAGAGCUUGUACAUUUCAGUUUAAACUAAAUGUAAUGUAAUGCAAAUGUGAGGAAUAAAGAAAUAUCCUUGUAGAUGAUUCUGGACUUUAUCUAUAGAACCAAUAAUAGUCAAUACAGUGUUAAAUAUUGUGUGAUCAUUGUUAUUUAUGUCUAUGGAUCUCUGAUACAUGAUAUGAUAUAAUAAAACUAUUUAACAGAGCAACACAUAAACAUCUGCUGGACAACAUAUUAAUUGCAUCGAAUAAUUGAGUUUAUUAAAAGCAAGCGCUUUGUAAUGGCUGUGAAGAUUGCAGUGCCGAUGAAGGUCAGAAUGAUUUCUCUUCCUCUCGUCUUUAUGCUCAUAAUUUCUGGACUGUGUGAAGAAAAGUGGGGUGUCACUUAUGAGACUGAAUCAAUAUGCGCUCUUAAAGGAUCCACAGUAAACAUGUCAUGCUCGUAUAAAUAUCCUCAGCAGUAUAAACUGAUCAAUACAUUCUGGAUAAAAAUGCCGGAUGUGGCUAUCAAAAGUUUAAAAGAAUAUCCAGAGUAUAAAGACAGGGUUGAAUACAUUGAAGACAGACAGAAACAAACUGCCGUCCUCAGACUGCACAACAUCACUGAAAACGACAAGAGAGCGUAUUGUUUCAGAUUAAUAACUGAAACUAAAGGACAAUAUUGGAUUGGUCCACCAGGAAUUCAGCUAAAUGUUUCUGCUCUUCAGGUGAAGGCACCACAGCUGGUGCUGGAGAAAGAAGCGUUCAAUCUGACCUGUGAAACCACAUGCAGUCUGACAGACGCAUUCAUCUGGUACAAAAAUGGACAGACUUUAACUAUCCAGAGCCAAACACUCCAGCUUGAGUCAGAGCGCAGUGAUUCUGGACGUUACAGCUGUGCCGUGAGAGAACAUCAACACCUGCCCUCUCCUGCUCUCAACAUCUCUGUCAUGUAUCCUCCUCAGAACGUCUCAGUGUCCGUCAGUCCUUCUGCUGAAGUAGUGGAGGGAGAUUCAGUGACUCUGAUCUGCAGCAGUGACUCAAACCCUCCUGCUCUGAACUUCAGCUGGUUUAAGGAGAAUCAAAGCUCAGCUGUUGGAUCUGAACAGAGUUUGAUCAUCUCCAGCUUUAACUCCAGACUCAGUGGACUCUACUAUUGUGAGGCUCAGAAUCAACUCGGCUCUCGGAGAUCAGCGUCUGUUUCUGUCUCUGUUAAAGGUGACUGGAAUAUCUUGUAUAUCAUUGCUGUUUGUGUCACUGCUGUAGUUUUAGCUGGAUUCGGGCUCUUGUUUCUCAUCAUCAUCAUUGUGCACCAAAGGAAAGGAAAUAACGACUAUGAGGACACUGAACAAAAGACGUCUGCAGGAAAGGCCUCUGAAUCCAGAGAAGCUGAAAAUACUUCUGUUCAAGACACAAAGAAACCUGACGAGGACGAGAUUGAGUACGCCAGCAUUAUAAUUCACCAUCCAGUUAAUGAAGCCAAAUCUCCUGUGAGCCAAGAGACAGAUAUAUCUGUGAUUUACAGCAGCGACGCCGCGAGGAACGCGGUCCAAUACCUACUUCAGAUCAACAAAGCACAUCUGGAACCAGAGGGUAUGGAGCGGCUCCAGUUUUCAACGACCAUGAAGAAAGCUGCAUUGUUCCUACUGAAUCUGAGAGGAACCACCUCCCUGGUUUGCCAGUCCAGAGGUAUUGUCCCCCGCAUCCACGCAAUGCUGCAGAGGCGUGUCAGCCAAGACAGCCCCACAACAUCUAGAGACCUGGGGUACUCAGGGCGAAUCUCGUCCACCUCCAGUGCUUUACCACUGAGGUCUUUGAAGGUUCUUGUGGUGAUCAGAAUGAUCCUUUCUUUUCAUCUAAUCUUUCUGCUGAUGGCUGCUGGAGUUAUUGCCUGGAAUGUGACUUAUGAGACUGAAUCAAUAUGCGCUCUUAAAGGAUCCACAGUAAACAUGUCUUGCUCGUAUACAUAUCCUCAGCAGUAUAAUUUUACAUUUUGGAUAAUGUGUGAAAAAAAGGACAUAGAGAUCAAAAGUUUAAAAGAAUACCCAGACUAUAAAGACAGGGUUGAAUACAUUGAAGAAACACAAAACAAAACUAUCCUCAGACUGCACAACAUCACUGAAAAUGAUCAGAGAGCAUAUUGUUUCAGUUUAAUAACUGAAACUGAAGGACAAAGAUGGAUCGGUCAACCAGGAAUUCAGCUAAAUGUUUCUGCUCUUCAGGUGAAGGCACCACAGCUGGUGCUGGAGAAAGAAGCGUUCAAUCUGACCUGUGAAACCACAUGCAGUCUGACAGACGCAUUCAUCUGGUACAAAAAUGGACAGACUUUAACUAUCCAGAGCCAAACACUCCAGUUUGAGUCAGAGCGCAGUGAUUCUGGACGUUACAGCUGUGCCGUGAGAGAACAUCAACACCUGCCCUCUCCUGCUCUCAACAUCUCUGUCAUGUAUCCUCCUCAGAACGUCUCAGUGUCCGUCAGUCCUUCUGCUGAAGUAGUGGAGGGAGAUUCAGUGACUCUGAUCUGCAGCAGUGACUCAAACCCUCCUGCUCUGAACUUCAGCUGGUUUAAGGAGAAUCAAAGCUCAGCUGUUGGAUCUGAACAGAGUUUGAUCAUCUCAAACAUCAGCUCUGAACACAGUGGAGAGUACAAGUGCAGAUCCACAAAUAUUCACGGAGAGAAAGACUCUGAUGCUGUGAACGUGAAUGUAAUGUAUCCUCCUCGAAACGUCUCAGUGUCCGUCAGUCCUUCUGCUGAAGUAGUGGAGGGAGAUUCAGUGACUCUGAUCUGCAGCAGUGACUCAAACCCUCCUGCUCUGAGCUUCAGCUGGUUUAAAGGAGGAAAGUCUGUAGGAUCUGGAAGAAUCUUUAACAUCUCAAACAUCAGCUCUGAACACAGUGGAGAGUACAAGUGCAGAUCCAAAAAUAAUCACGGAGAGAAAGACUCUGAUGCUGUGAACGUGAAUGUGACGUAUCCUCCUCGGAGCGUCCGGGUGUCCGUCAGUCCUUCUGCUGAAGUAGUGGAGGGAGAUUCAGUGACUCUGAUCUGCAGCAGUGACUCAAACCCUCCUGCUCUGAACUUCAGCUGGUUUAAGGAGAAUCAAAGCUCAGCUGUUGGAUCUGAACAGAGUUUGAUCAUCUCCAGCUUUAACUCCAGACUCAGUGGACUCUACUAUUGUGAGGCUCAGAAUCAACUCGGCUUUCAGAGAUCAGCGUCUGUUUCUGUCUCUGUUAAAGGUGCUUGGACUUUUUUGUAUAUCAUUGGUUUGUAUGCCACUAUUACACUUGCAGCUGCAUUUGGGCUCCUGUUUCUCAUCAUCAUCAUCAUCAUCAUCAUCAUCAUUGUGCACAAAAUGUCAGCAAGGAAGAAGAUAAAAAAUGAUGACUAUCUGGAAAAUGACAUUUAUUUAAAUGACACUGAGUCAAAAAAGGCAUCUUCUGAAUCUGAAGAUGAUGACAACAUAAACUAUGCUUCUGUCCUGUACCACAAACAAAAUGAAGACACGGAGCAACCUGAGGAGGAUGAGAUCCAGUAUGAUAACAUUACAAUAAACCGACCUGCUACUGAAGCCAAAUCUACGGAGGAUCAAGAGAAAGAUUUGUCUGUGAUUUACAGCAGCAUUAAAAAAUCUGCUUAACUGUGGGACUGAGUCUCGAAAAAAUGAUCUAAAUCAGACCUUAAUAAGAGAUAAGAUUCUUGCUUUAGCAUU